GCGGGAAAAGCAUUUAGGAAAUUUCUUCCCCUCUUUGAUCGCGUUCUGGUUGAACGAUGCGCGGCUGAGACAGUAACCAAAGGAGGCAUCAUGAUUCCAGAAAAAGCUCAAGGGAAAGUGCUGCAAGCAACAGUAGUAGCAGUUGGAUCCGGAGCCAGAGGAAAGAAUGGUGAGAUUCAGCCAGUGAGUGUAAAAGUUGGUGAAAAGGUUUUGCUACCAGAAUACGGUGGUACAAAGAUCGUAAUAGAAGAUAAGGACUACUACUUGUUUAGAGAUGGUGACAUUCUUGGCAAAUACGUGGACUAAAGCUGUUGCAGUAUCAGUCAUCCAUUCCAUUAAAACGCUGAAAUUUUUCUUUCAUCAUGUAAAUAAUAUCCUUUAUUUUAUAAUAAGCAGGCACUGAGUCUCUGAAAUAACUUGUGAUCUCACUGUAAUGAUGGAACACAAAUAAAAAUAUGUACAGUCAGAAAUCAGUUGCUCUUGCUUGAAUUCCAUUGAACAGUGAAAUUCAGAUGACUACCAACCAGCCUUAAUUGUUCUGAACAACAUCAUUUUAUAUCCUUAUCUCUGUACUGAGAUUGUAAAGGUCUUUACAAUAAACUUCUAAAACU